GGAAAUUCACAAAACUUGCAAGAUACGAGCAAUGAAGUGAAUGAUCAACCUACAACCAAUGCGUCAAAAAAGAAAGCACCGCGAGCUAGCAGACACAGACACUCUGCUGACAUGACACAGCAGUCAAUAAUAGAUCCUAAUGCACCCUAUGGAUAUCCAGGUUUUGACAGUUAUUACGUGCCACCAACCCCGAUUCCCGUUCCAUAUGUUGAUUUGGAAGCGCAAUACGCUAAGUUUUCUGGUGAGGUAACUACUCGCAUAGAAGAGGUUCGAAGCCAACUAACAAAAAUUAUGUUGGAAACCAAGGAAUCUCUGUUACAAAUAAAUAAUAAUAACAAUAAAUUACAAACUGAUCCUUCAUUGAUCAACGAGAAAAAACGUGAGGAAUCAGAGUUGAAAAAAGUGGAGGCAGAGCUUCAUGAACUACUACAAGAAUUGAAAAGCGGUCAUAAAACCAUAGAAAGUUAUAAAGAUCUUUUACUACGGCAGGAAGAAUUACAGACUCGACAUUUUUCACAACAAGCUGAAGCCAAUAAUCUUAUUAAACGUCAUACUGAAAUCCAGGAGAAACAUGAAAAUUUACAAUCUAAUCUGGAUCAAAUUCAAAAAGGUAUCAGUAGUUUUGAUGAGAUCAAAUCGCAGCUUAGUGGACUAUUAAAUGAUCACAAACAACUACAAUUACGACAACAUCAGUUCGACACCGAAAUGGCAAAACAGCAUGAACUACUAUCUCGGUUGACUAAAACUGAAGCAAAAAAUGUCGACCUUGCCAAUGAGAACGCGAAACUCUCUGAAGAGAAUCGAACCAACAAAUUGAAACUUCAACAAGAAAUCGCUGAAUUAAAGAACCGUGAAGAUCAACUUUCUGCCGAACUUUCAAGGUUACAAAAAAGAGAUUCGACGACUAAUUACUCGUUGGAGAAUGAACUAAGACAGGCGUACGAGGAGAUAAAGAAUAUAAGAAACCAAUUACAAACUCAAGAAAUCGACUUUCAGUCAAUUGAGGAAAAAUGCCGUGAACUUGUUCAAGAGAAUAUGAAUUAUCAACAAAAGGAAAGAUGUUGGCAGGAAACGGAACGCAAUCAACAACAAGAACUUGGUAAUCUUCGACUUAGCCUGCGCAAAUUAGAAUUGGAUAUAGGCGAAUCACAACUCGCAUUAAGAGUAAAAGAUCGAGAAUUUAAAUCCCAGCUUGAAGACAAAGACCAAGAUUACGAGAGAAAAUUGAAUGAAUAUAAGCAAAAGCAAACUCAAUAUGAAUCGCAACUUAAAAAGAUGCAAGAUCAACAAAAAGACUGGGAAAAAGAAAUGAAUCGGACACAACAAAAGAAUCGUGAGUUACAAUCAAUUGCUGAUAGCUACCGAAACAAAGAAAGUGAACAAAUACGCGCUAAAUCCGAAGAGAUUGAAGUUCUCCUGCAAACAAAUAAAGCUUUAAAAUCGAGAGUCGAUGAGCUUGAAAAGAGUCGAAGUGAACUCAGUAAGCUACGUGUUCAAGAAAAUGAAUCGUUUCAAGGAACGAUUUCUAAGCUUCAAACUCAAAAAAAAGAUCUCGAAGAUAAGAUAACAGAAUUCAAACAUAAAUUCGAAUCUAAUCGCAUUGAAGCCAUGAGACUUCGUUCUCAAGUUGAAUGCUCGGAGCAACACAUUGAGAAGCUCGAGCGUAUGUGCCAUCGAAUGGAUGAGUUGGAGAAAAGUGCUGAAGAAGUCCUAAGUUUACGUGAUCGUCAUAAUAAACUCCAAUCGGACCUCGAUCGUACACGCACCAAAGUCCAGGAAUACGAAAAAGCUUUCAAGGAGAAGGACGAACGUAUCCACGAACUGGAGAUUCUGUGUAGCAAUGAAGAAAACGAACUCUCGAAGCAUAAAUCUGAACUCGACUCUGUGAAAAAGAAUAAUCGAGAAUUACAAGAUAAUCUUUACGCAGAGAAAGAAAAAUAUUCGGGUGAACUUCGCAGAGCCAAACAAGAAAAUGAAAAAUUACAAAAAGAAAUUGACAAGAAACUUCAAAGGGUUGAAAAUGAUCGAUCAAAAUUGCAAGAAGAGCUUGAUAAUCUUGAAAAUCGGAAAAAGGAAGAUGAAGCUGAAAUAAACAGAUUACAAAGUGAAAUUGAUGAAAUAACAAGUGAUAAAACACGUUUGGAAAGUGAAUUAAGACGAGCAGAAAGCGAAAAUAAACGUCUUCAACAACCUUCAACAAUCACUCAGCAACAUACGAAUAAUAAUAGCAAUAACUAUCCUACUUUAUUACAACAACAUGCAAACAACAAUAGUAACAGCUAUCUUCCUCCAUUUUCGCAGAAUACAAACACACAAUCCUCGAUAGCUGUUCCUUCGGCGGUCAAUAAUCAUUAUAAUACGCCAAUACCUCAAUCUCCAUUAACGGUUCAACAUAAUAAUGCUUAUUAUGCACCAAUACCUCAAUCUCCAAUAAAGGCUCAGCAUAGUAAUAAUGCUUAUUAUCCAUCAAUAUCUCAAACAAAUUCUGCACAGGCUUCUAUGUCGCAACAGCCUGUCACUAAUCAAUAUGUUUCGAACAUAUCCCAGAAAACUGCACAGCCUCCAUCUCUGACUUCUCAGCAGCCGCUCGUGAAUAAUAAUUAUAAUACCGUUGGUGGUGGUAUAUCCCAGACUAGUGUGCAAUCUCCAUCAAUGGGUUAUCCACCUUCGAAUAAUUAUAUAUCACCAUCAACAAUAUCUCAGUCAAGUGUGCAAUCUCCAUCAGUGAACUCUCUACCUUCGAGUAAUUUUAUACCAACGUCAACAAUAUCUCAGUCAAGUGUGCAAUCUCCAUCAAUGAACUCUCUACCUUUUAAUACUUAUCAUGUGCCACCAUCAACAUCUCAGUCAAGUGUGCUUUCUCCAUCACUGAAUUCUUCACAACUACCUGUGAGUAAUAAUUAUCGUAUGCCACCAGUAUCUCAGACAAUUGCUCAAUCUCCAUCAGUGAAUUCUCCUAAGACGUCUGUGAAUAAUAAUUAUCGUACAAUACCUCAAGCCAAUAAUCAAAUGUCAACCACCACUUCAGAGCAAUCCAUCAAUAUUCUACCAACAUCUCAAACCAAUUAUCAAAUGCCAACCGCCACCUCAUCCACAUCAUCUACUUCACAGCAGUCCAUCAAUGUUCCACCAACGUCUCAAACCAAUAAUCAAAUAUUAACCGCCACAUCAUCCGUUUCACAACCAUCCGUCAAUACUCCACCAAUAAACAGCUAUGAGGUUCCUCAAACCACAAAUGACGAUUUUACGUAUCAGAUCGACUCUGCAGAUUCAACAAUUGAUGACAGGCGAGUCGCACAAGAACAACUUUUUGAUGAAUCUGAGCCUCAAGUAAAAAUUCCAACCGGCUCAAAUACUAAGAGUCGAGCUAGUUCACCCACACACAGCCGAAGUAAUUCAAAACAAUUGAGUAAAAAGGAUAAAAACGCAAAUAAAAAACCGAAAAGUCGUAAAACUCAAAACUCUGAUGACGGAAAUGGAUGGUGGCGGUGGAGGCGUAAAAAGACUAAAAGGGCAGAAAUUAUUACUCCGAGGGUAAUUCCCCCUACUAGUCAGAGAUAUUUGUGUUUGUCUUUGAGUGGUGCUAUUGGUGGUGAUGUUAAAGGUUGA